AUGGUGUCCAUGUUGAGUUUGGUCAUUGCGGCCGGAAGUGUCACAGCCGUCCUGUGCAGCGGAGGAGGAGGAGGGGGAGGAGGAGGAGGUCACGGCAUCUUCCACAAGUUUCCUCCAGCCGCCUUCACCAUCGGAUUCGGCCACGACACCGGCAUCAAAAUCGCUCAUGGUGGCCUCAAGGUCGGCGUCGGCAUCGGAGGUCACGGCGGCGGCGGCGGUUACGGCGGCGGCCAUGGCUUGUUCGGAGGUGGCUUCGGUGGAUUCGGCGGUGGGGGACACGGCGGCGGGGGACACGGCAUAAGCAUCGGUCUGCUGGGACACGGAGGCGGUCACGGCUUCGGAGGCGGCUACGGGGGCGGCUUCGGCGGGGGAGGAUACGGCCACGGCUGGUAG